CAAAGUCUGGAGCAGAUUGAUGAGGUGGCGGCUCUGAUAGCAGCCACGGUACACGACGUGGAUCACCCGGGACGCACCAACAGCUUCCUGUGUAACGCGGGAAGUGAGCUGGCCAUCUUGUACAACGACACGGCCGUGCUAGAGAGCCACCACGCUGCCCUUGCCUUCCAGAUCACCACACGGGACGACAAGUGUAACAUCUUCAAGAACAUGGAGAGGAAUGAGUACCGUACCCUGCGUCAGGCCAUCAUAGACAUGGUGCUCGCCACAGAGAUGACAAAACACUUUGAGCACGUCAACAAGUUCGUCAACAGCAUCAACAAGCCACUGGCCGCGCUGGAGGAGAACGGGGGAAUCGGCGACGAGGAGUCCGUCAAAGGCAUCCUAACGUCCCCGGACAACCGGAUCCUUGUCAAGCGCAUGCUGAUCAAGUGUGCCGACAUCUCCAAUCCGUGCCGACCGCUGGAGCUGUGUAUAGAAUGGGCCGGACGCAUCUCAGAGGAAUACUUUGCACAGACUGACGAGGAGAAGAGGCAGAGUCUACCGGUGGUCAUGCCUGUGUUUGACAGGAACACCUGCAGCAUUCCUAAGUCCCAGAUCUCCUUCAUAGACUACUUCAUCACAGACAUGUUCGACGCCUGGGAUGCGUUCGCAGACCUUCCCAACCUCAUGCAGCACCUGGACAACAACUUCAAGUAUUGGAAAGGCCUUGACGAGCGGAAGCUGCACAGCCUGCGUCCUCCCCCAGAGUAGGAGCACCCUGACUGGGGUCGACGCCAGGCCCUGGGCCCCUCCUUGGUUCCUGUCCGUCCAGGGCUACCAAGCCUUCACUCUUCUGCUUCUGUAACACGCCAUCAAGCGUCCACAUGUCCGUCCAACAGAGACAACACAUACUGACGGACGGACGGACGGACGUGCUGCAGCAACACCAGGCUCUUGCUUCAUACAUAAACAUCGCUAGCUGAGGAUGGAUGAUGGACAGACACACGACGCCUCAGAGUCCUUAUAAACAACCAGUGCCUGGUGGGCUUGUCUGUAUGCUCCUACUGCUGCCAGUGAGGCUGUGUGAGGGACUGUUCUUCUCCCAGCCAACCUAGUGGUGGAUGUACCAUCCCCCUAGUAUUCACACACACACGGGUUCCCCCUGCCUCUCUGUCUCUCUGCCAGUCAGAGGCUGAUGAUGUUACUGUCUCUCUGCAGACUGACUGCUGGUUCACUGUUGGUAGAGCUACGGAGAAACACACAAACAAACUGAACAUUGAGAUGUCAGGUGGUUUCAAGUCUCUGGCACCUCCAAUGAAAAACUGUUUGGAGGAUCAGCUGAUGGGACAGGUCACAAUACACAGUUUUUCCUUCCAAAUGGCACCCUAUUCCCUAUAUAGUGCACUAUUUUUAGGAUAAAAGAGUCUAUGGGACUUUGGUCAUGAGAAGUGCACUUUAUAUAGAGAAUAGGGUUCCAUUUGGGAUGGCCCACAAUGUCAAAUCCACAUCAGACUGUACUACCCAGUGUAUGGUGGGCAUUCGACCGGAUAAAUCCCUAUAUCGCCUCCCAGUGGCCACCAGGUUGAACUACACUCCACCUCCACUGGCUGCCACCAUCACCCUUCACUUUGUCUUCUAUCUGUAUUUCUUUUGUUUCUUUGUCCAGAAGCACCUCGUCCACUAGAGGACCUGUAGCGACGGGAUGGGACACGAGGCCGUCCUAAACACACUAAAAUUGUGUUCAAUGUAACACCCUAUUCCCUUUAUAGUGCACUACUUUUGACCAGAAUCCUAGUCAAGAGUAGUGCACUAUUGCCGUAUAGGCCCUGGUCAAAUGUAGUGCACUAUAAAGGGAAUAGGGUGCCAUUUUUGGACGUAUCCAGAGACAUACGGUUGUGUGGGGUGGGGGUGUGAUCACGGGUGUUCAGUGGGUGGAGCUAAUUAACUGUCCUCAGGCCCCUGGUGAAAGACACAAACAUUCAGACAUCUUGGUCAUAGCUAGGUCAUUAUUACAGACAAUUUUGUAUUUUUAUUUUGUUUUAAAUGUUCCAUAUUUUCUUUACAACAAAAAAAAACAAUGUGUAACAUCAAUUAAUGAAUUAACGGAUGAAGACGAUGAUGAAGAAAUUAGAACAAAAAUAAGAAAAGAUGAAAGAAAGAAAAGCCAAAGCUGAAUAACAUAAUAUUAUAUAACUCUCUGAGUCUUGUCGAUGAGGAGGAGGAGGAGGAGGAUUAUUAUCCAUAAGAAAACAUUAACGUUAUAAACAUUUUAUUUUAUUUUAGUACAGUAUCAGUUUGAAUGGACAUCUUUGUGUUGCACUGUAAAACAACAGUUGUGUAUAAUGUCUCAGUGAUUUAGUCCAUGGACGGGAAUCGGGACAAUAACUUGUGGGAAUAAGCUGCUGUUGUUGUUGUCUCAUCACCUCUGCCAGUGUGUGUGUGUCACAUUUCAGUUGAAUACAUUCAGUUGGACAACUGACUAGGUAUCCCCCUUUCCAUCGGCGAUCUCACCUGUCUGUGGAUUUAACAAACGCUGUUGACCGACAAAAAGGAACUCACGUCAUCCCGCUACAGCAGAAAUCUGAGAACAAGAAAAACUAUGUUUUGGACUAGAAAUUUUUCUCACAGAAAUGUUUGUAUCAGGUUUAUCCUACUGAAACAGACUGCCUUAUUUUAUACAAUAUUUCUACAGUACAUCGUCCUAGCUACAGUACAUCGUCCCAUCUACAGUACAUCGUCCCAUCUACAGUACAUCGUCCCAUCUACAGUACAUCGUCCUAGCUACAGUACAUCGUCCCAGCUACAGUACAUCGUCCCAUCUACAGUACAUCGUCCCAUCUACAGUACAUCGUCCCAUCUACAGUACAUCGUCCCAUCUACAGUACAUCGUCCCAGCUACAGUACAUCGUCCCAGCUACAGUACAUCGUCCCAGCUACAGUACAUCAUCCCAUCUACAGUACAUCGUCCCAUCUACAGUACAUCGUCCCAUCUACAGUACAUCGUCCCAUCUACAGUACAUCGUCCUAGCUACAGUACAUCGUCCCAGCUACAGUACAUCGUCCCAUCUACAGUACAUUGUCCCAUCUACAGUACAUUGUCCCAUCUACAGUACAUCGUCCCAGCUACAGUACAUCGUAGAGCUACAGUACAUCGUAGAGCUACAGUACAUCGUCCCAUCUACAGUACAUCAUCCCAUCUACAGUACAUCGUCCCAGCUACAGUACAUCGUCCCAUCUACAGUACAUCGUCCUAGCUACAGUACAUCGUCCCAGCUACAGUACAUCGUCCCAUCUACAGUACAUUGUCCCAUCUACAGUACAUUGUCCCAUCUACAGUACAUCGUCCCAGCUACAGUACAUCGUAGAGCUACAGUACAUCGUAGAGCUACAGUACAUCGUCCCAUCUACAGUACAUCAUCCCAUCUACAGUACAUCGUCCCAGCUACAGUACAUCGUCCCAUCUACAGUACAUUGUCCCAUCUACAGUACAUUGUCCCAUCUACAGUACAUUGUCCCAGCUACAGUACAUCGUCCCAGCUACAGUACAUCGUCCCAUCUACAGUACAUCGUCCCAUCUACAGUACAUUGUCCCAUCUACAGUACAUCGUCCCAGCUACAGUACAUCGUCCCAUCUACAGUACAUCGUCCCAGCUACAGUACAUCGUCCCAUCUACAGUACAUCGUCCCAGCUACAGUACAUCGUCCCAGCUACAUUACAUCGUCCCAUCUACAGUACAUCGUAGAGCUACAGUACAUCGUCCCAUCUACAGUACAUCGUCCCAUCUACAGUACAUCGUCCCAGCUACAGUACAUCGUCCUAGCUACAGUACA